CUGAAAACAAGCCGUAAUUUGUUGCUGUUGUGUUUAUUGAGCGAUUAUGUGCUGUGUUUAUUUAAGUUUUCAUGGGGAACAACGUAAUUAAGCACAAACACAUCCAUUUUAUUUUAACUUUUAGCUAAGCAAAGAAAUAAUAAGUAAGUGGUCGGGUAAGUCGUGGUAGAGCGGUUCAAAAUGGGUCUGUAUAAAUUGUUCAGUUGCAAUGUGGAAAUUCAGUAUAAAAGUUGCCUUUUAUCGAAAGCUAUGCUGUUUACGUUGAUAACAACUAUGUUGAAUAUAGUUUUGCCUUUUAUUGUUGCCUACAAAAGUAAAGGAUUCUGGUUGCGUUCGCAUACCUUUUACGAGCAGCCAUUAGUUCGUUUUACUUACGAAUAUUUAGUAGUAGCAGAAACCGAUGAUCCUAGUCAGCCAAUAGUAUGUGGAGAAGCUGCUCUCCUGAACGAAGACGCUCUAAAUGGAGAAGAAAACUGCGCACAACUACAAGUCCAAGAAUUUGACUACAAUUAUGAUGGAAAGCAUGAAGCUUUAAACUUCAAAUUAAAUCUGAAUGUACCAAAACACAGGACUAUCACUUCAGUUCUCAUAAUUCUUGGUUUGGAAUUCAAGUUGAAGUCAGUAUGCCCAUUGCAAAUGCAGAGUUUAGCCGUCAUUGACAAUGCAUUUCCAGUAGCACCAUCUGGAUUGAAAUUCUAUGGGGAUAUUGAGCUCUACCAAGUGUCACACCUGCCAUGUGAACCAAAUAUAAUUCAUACCAAAUACAACAGCUCUUUAUUCAACCAUAAAAAUAAUAACAAUGACAAUGUUGUGGAUCUUAUCCUAGAAAACUAUUUUAGUAGAGAAGUUACUACCCAAGUAAAGACUCUACAUUCAAGAAGUCAAAAUGGUCACACUUCUUCCAUGGAAAUAAAUAUUUACCUCAGAGUGCCAGAAAUGUUGAUUAGAUAUCUUCCAAGUAUAUUACAAGAGUUAAAAUGGGCUUGGCCACAGUACCUGUCUUUAGUUGUUGUGUUCUACUGGAUCUUUAAUAGAAUUAAGAAAUUUGUAUUUAAUAAUCGUCUUCUUAUGGCUUGGGAAGUGGUGCCAUGGAAGAAACACUGACAUAAUAUGAGAAACCACCAAAGAUCUCACACUAGCCAAUUUAUUCAUACAACCAAAGUGAUAAAAUAUACCAAAUUGAUAACAUAUUUGUUUCAUUGAUUGAGUUAGG